AUGGUGUUCCAAAGGUUUUUCUUCACCCUAUUUGUUCUUUUGGCAACUUUGAUCACAGUUGCUAAAGGAAACCACAACAGAAAGCUAUUGACAAGUUACAAACCGGAAUAUUCUCCUCCUCCAUCCCCGAUCUACCGUGCUCCUCCUACUCCGGUCUAUGGACCUCCGGUUGCUCUUCCUCCUCCUCAACCUCAUGCCGCCUACUACUACAGAAAAGCUCCACCGCCACCGCGCUCUAAAUAUGGAACAGUGUAUCCACCUCCCCCUUCCAAGCCAUGGUGGUGGUUGUUGAGGGGCUAA